AGUAAGUGGUGUUGUUUUUUUUAAAAAAAGGUUAUCUCCGCGAGCUAAGGUCGGAGUCAGGAAAAAUCAAAUUAAGGAGUUUUAAGCUAACGAGCACAUCAGAGAAGGUGUUCUAUGGACAGAAAUCACGCCUGAAACACCUUCUGCAGAGCGACAGGAAUACAACUUUCUUCCACUCUCUAGUCAAGAGAAACAACUCGAGAAACAUGAUCACCCUCCUCUAUAGAGAAGAUGGUUCAAUGUCAAAGGACAAGGAUGAAAUCAUCGACAGUUUCGUGCAAUACUACAAGGGACUCCUGGGAACCGAAGGAGUUGUCCAGCCACUGAGGACUGAGGUUCUUGACAGAGGAUACAUACUUGAUGAUGAAGACAAUAAAGGCCUCAUCCGAGAGGUGACCACAGAGGAGAUCAAGAAAGCUCUUUUUAACAUUAGUAUCGAUAAGUCGCCGAGAUCGGACGGUUACACUUCAGCCUUCUACAGGAGGCAUUGGGAGUUCAUUGGGAGAGACUUGGUCAGUGCGGUAAAGGAGUUCUUCUCCACAGGAAAGCUUCUAAAAAGCCUCAACACGACAACCAUUUCUCUCAUCCUGAAGAGCUCCACGAACCCCAGAGUCAGCGACUACAGACCGAUUGCCUGCUGUAAUGUGGUCUACAAGGUGAUCACAAAAAUCAUUUCAAGGCGGCUUGAGCUGCUCCUUCCCAAGAUGAUUAGCCCAGCCCAGUUGGCUUUCAUCUCAGGGCGGAGCAUCAUGGCCAACAUUUACCUUGCAGAGGAGAUAAUGAGAGGCUACACAGUCAAGAGAGGGCCACCAAGGCUCAACUUCCACCCUUCUUUUAUCCACCUAAUCAUGAAGUGUGUCACGUCACCAUCAUACACGGUCAUGGUGAAUGGUAGCCACCAUGGCUACUUCAGAGGUAAAAGGGGUCUCAGGCAGGGAGACCCCAUGUCUACUUCUCUGUUUGUCUUUUGCAUGGAAUAUCUGUCUCGGUUGCUCCUUUCUCGCACUUCUAGGGAUUUCAUUUUCCAUUAUAAAUGCGGGUGAGCGGGCAUUACUCACCUUACUUUUGCAGAUGACCUACUUCUGUUCGGCAGGGGAGACUUGAUUUCUAUGCAGAUUUUGGCAGAUACCAUGGAGGAGUUUUCGGCAUGCUCACGGCUUGGGAUCGAUCAUGGCAAGUCUAACAUGUUUAUUGCAGGCACCAUCAAAGUUCCCAAGAAGAAUUUGUUGCAAGUGUUUGGCUUCCCACAAGUCACCCUACCAAUCAUGUAUUUGGCCAUUCCACUCGCAUCGAAGAGACUUGCUACAUCAGACUAUGGUCAACUGAUCGACAAGCUGGCAGACAAAAUAAAAAAAUGGCCUAGUAAGACUCUUUCUUUUCAGGAUGUUUGGAACUGUUCACGUCUGUCUUGCAGGGCGUGGAAGUAUACUGGGUCCAAGCCUUUCCGUUACCUGGCACAGUCAUUGAGAAGCUUAUUGGGAUUGCCCGUACUUUCCUUUGAGGGAAGAAGUAUGGUCAAGUUGCAUGGGAUGAUGUUUGCAAGCCGAAGAAGGAAGGAGUUCUGGGAGUCAAAAACCUCAAGGCGAUCCUCUGGAAUAUUCACUCGAAGAAGGACUCUUUCUGGAUUCGACGGAUUCAUGUAGAAUAUAUCAGGAAUGGUUCUAUCUGGGAUUGGACAACGCACAAGAAGAACAACUCCAUGCUCAUCAACAAGCUCCUAACCAUUUGGGAUUAGAUGUUGGACAGAUGCAUCCGAGACGAGAUCACGGCACUCUGGAGAACUUGGUUCGCAGGGAAAGGAGUUCACGAGGCAUAUGAGUAGUUUAGGCCGAGAGGUGAGAGAUGGGUUUUGGCUAAGUAUGUUUGGAAGGACAUUGUCCCUCCUAAGUACUCGUUCAUUAUUGGGCUCGCUCUUCGAGGAUGCUUCUCCACACAGGAUCACCUCUAUUUCUUGGAGAACUUGGACUCUACUUGUCAGAUUUGUCGCAGGGAGGAAGAAUUAGCAGACCAUCUUUUCUUUAAGUGCACGAAGACCUGGGCAGUUUGGGGGAAGAUCAUGCUCUAGCUUGGUAUUGCGUGGAGAUCGACGGCGAUUAGGAGUGUCAUCAAAUGGGCAGGACGGCAGAUACGAGGUUCACAGAUUGUACAGAUGGCGAAGAGGGUUGCUCUCAUGGCUUCUGUAGCGAUCAUUUGGAGGACUCGGAACAAGAUUAUCUUCGAUGGGAAAGCUUGGGACACAGCUAGGGUCAUCUUUGAGAUCAAAGAAGCCACCUACAACAUCUUGUACUCACACUUCCCACAUGAUUAGGAUCUUCUUCACCUACCAGACAGAUGAUGAUGGGUACACAGGGUUUGGAUGUUUUGGUGUUCGACACAUUUUGAGUCACUCUUCAGGGUACUCUUUUUGCCCUUGGGGAGUUUUAUUCCAUGGGGUUUUAUCCCCAAGGGGUUUUAACGAGGCCUGCCUACUCUAGGUUUCGAUGGGUGAUUUGAACUGUGUUCGAUCUUGUUGGGGCCCUGCCCUUUAUUUCUAGCAUCUUGGUUGUUACCAUGUUUCUUUGUACUAGUCGUCUUGUGGCUUUUCACUUGUUCU